AAUUUCGACCAGUCGGAUUGGUUUAAUCUGCGUGUCGACGAAAUCGGUGAAGUGUCCGCAUUACUUCGUCAAACCAUAACAACAUAUCCACCUCUUACAAGUGAUCUCUCGGUUGAUUUUCUUUUGUAUACAGCCGAUGGUGAUUUUUUACCUCUGGAAGCAUGGCAUUUAUCAAUUCGUGAAGAAGCGGAAGGUGAUCAGGAGAAUCAGGAAGUUCAAGCGCAAGGAGGUGCGGCCCAAGGCGGCCUUGGGAUGCGGGGUACAAACGUGCGAACCCAAUUGUAUCAUCAAAUGGGAGUACUGCUGAAGUCAGCAAUGGCUGUGGCACGAGUAACACCGAUGUUUAGGUAUUACGUCAGACAUCAAUCGGCCGACACAUUUAUCGUUUUUUAUAGGGUUUAUGAAGGACAUCCGGAACUGGACUUGGGUGAGGGUCAGAAGUUGUAUAGUAUCGGUAAGCUGGAAUCGCCAUUCGGCACGAUCUCACUCGAGCUUGGCUAUCGAACGAAGAUGCAGAUCGAACGAUCGUUGAAACAUCAGCGUAGCGAUAUUAUGAAGACAUCAUCAAUCAAACGAAUCGGUUCAUUAAACAAUCAAUUAGUGAUUGGUGAAGCAAAAGAAUUGGAUGAACGAAUGAUCCAAAUACCGUUUUUGCCAUCCACAUCAUGCGUAUGCAGUUCACCAUCAAGGGAACGAUUCAGUGAAGAGAAUGAUGGAGUAUCACAAUGUGAUGAUACUUUCAGCACGUUCAGUGUCAGUCCAGCUAGUCAGAAAAGUGGCGGUUUCUCUCGAACGGGUUCAACUUCGAGUACAUUCAGUUACCGUUUCGACCGGUCUGCAUCGUCAACGUCGGAUGAUGGUUCGAUGAAAAAUGUUUUUGGUGGUCUGGGUUCGAGUCCUCGGAUCAGUGAGACUUUAGCGAGAGGUAUACCAUCUCAACCAAACAGGGAGAAGCAACCACCUCGAACAAGUUCGCUGCCAUUUUUUGCGUUGCUGACAGCGUCAACGUCGAAUGUAAUCUUCCGAAGUCAGCCCCUCGAUAAAGUACCAGAAAAUGAAGCAAUGGAUAAUACUAUGAUAAAGGCAAGUGCUGAAAAGAAAGAGACAGCCACAGCAAUGUCGUGUUCGUAUCCGUCAUCAUCAUCGCAACAAACAACACCAACCAGUGAAACGUUACGAAGUGCAAGUGAUUAUCAAAGAAAUGCAGUUGAUUCAUCUCUUUUAGAUAGCGCAGAAGUUGAAACGAUUCGUGCGAGCACAGUCAGUACAGUAAUGGCUGCAUCUUAUAAAUAUCAUGUGGCUGAGGGUGAUAGUAAUACUGAUGACGACGAUGACAGCAGUACGCAAGCGGCGACAACAAACGCCGAUAUAUCUUCGGAUGAUUCGUUUGUUAAGGUACCUUUCGGUAGUUGGCAUGACGGGGAUGGCUCAGAUUUGGGUGAUGCGGUACAUUUGUUCCGAUUGGCUUCACAGCAAACCGCGAUCGGAUUUGCGAUCGACCAACCCGACUCAAUCAAUUAUCAAUUAGCCAAAUUUGAAGCGCAGCAGUCUGUAUUCGAUCGGUUUUUGGCGGACUUGGUGCGUGUCGAGGAGAGAGAAUCAAAUAGCUUAUGCUUAAGCUAUCAACAACCAUCCUGUGCAUCACCAGCGCGAAAUAAGGCCCAAUUUUUUUGA